GUUGUCCCUGGGAUCCUUUGAAUUAGCUGACGCGUCUCGUUGGGCAAACCGCCACAGCGAUCGCCACAUAAAGAAAUGGCCUACGUCAGCAAAUUGGCUCUCCUCCAAAAAGGACAUUCGGUCAGGAAAGGAAAGAAAAAGAACCAAGUGCUUUUUAUUCAACCACCAUGUCCAUCAACAUCAAUAUAAAGUCUUCAAGUGAUAAGAAGUUCGUCAUCACUAUAGAACCUUCGAAGACCAUACUUGACCUUAAGGAAGCCAUCGCAGCCCAAACGGAUGUGCCAGCUGAUAGACAACGUCUGAUCUUUUCUGGCCGAGUUCUAAAGGAUAACGAUCUGCUGUCGGAUUACAAGGUUGCCGAUGGAAACACCAUCCACAUGGUGAAGGGAGCUGCUCCUAAUCAACCCAAAGCUCCUCCCACAUCACAAGCAUCCGUCCAGUCACCCAUUACUUCUCCCUCUGCUACUCCAGCCAAUCCCUUUGCUGCACUUGGCGGUGCAGGCGGAAUGAACCCUUGGGGUAUGGGCGGUGGUAUGGGAGGUGGUAUGGGAGCUGCCGGACUAGGAGGCGCUGCUCCCGAUCAAAACAUGAUGAACCAAAUGUUGCAAAACCCCAUGUUUGCUCAAUACAUGUCAACCAUGCUUCAGAAUCCCGCCGUCCUGGAUUCGAUUAUAUCAACCAACCCUCAUCUAUCCAGCAUGGGUCCUGAAAUACGGCAAAUGAUGCAAUCUCCCGAAUUCCGUCAAAUGAUUUCUAAUCCUGAUACUAUUCGUCAAAUGGCUCAGAUGUCCUCUGCCAUGCAAGAACAACAGGGCUCGGCUGCUGCUCCUCCUUUCAAUCCCUUUGCAGCCUUCGGUAACCCUAUGCUCCAACAAAAUACCUCGGCUCCAACUGAUAAUCGUCCUCCGGAGGAACGAUUUCAGGUGCAAUUACAGCAGUUGAAUGAAAUGGGUCUGUGGGAUGCUGCAAAAAAUAUUAGAGCUCUGCAAACUACCAAUGGUGAUGUGAAUGCUGCUAUUGAGAUUCUCUUUAGCGGUGGCAACAUAUAAUUGAACUCCUUUUGUUUCCUUCUUUCCAAUAAUAUACAACGUUCCCCUUCUUCUUUUUUUUUCUUCAUAUUUCCAAACAAAAAGAACCUACUCUUUUCUCUCUUAUUAUUUCGUUGAUGGAAAACCUGCUUGUCUUUUGAACCGGCUUGGCUUACAAGAAACCAACAAAACGUUUAUCCAACUAUUUUUUUACAUUCGGGCUUGUGAACUGUUCGAUAGGUGUUGUACUUUAUAACAUAAUUAUUAUUUUUUUCAUGUCCGUCCAUUGGUUUUCAGGUCACGGCAUGUAUUGACCCAAUGUCUUCA